CUCAUACCCACCCUCGUGGAUCCGCAAUUGAAGUAUCAUGCCUGCACUAUUGGCCAAGGCUUGGAGAAGACUCACAAAGUGAUCUCAGCAUGUGCGACUCUCACCUGUGCACAGAAAAAGACCAGUUUAUUGUGCCUAUUCUUUGACAGUAAGUACUCAUACUUCUGGCCCAUUGGAUGA